AUGUUAUUAUUGCAACUUCCUGAAUGUUUUGGGAAUGGAAACCGAACUUCCUUUUGGUUCUCCCCGAAAACAUCCUACAGCCCCGUAGCUACAGGAACUUUUGUGUACAUAGCAUUGACCAUCACCAGUUGGUUUCUAGUAGUUUCGUGGAUUUUGGCCCCCUUCAUCUUUAAUCCUCUGGGCUUUGAUUGGUUAAAAGCUGUGUAUGAUUUUGAUGAUUUUAUGAACUGGAUAUGGUACCGGGGAGGCGUGUUUGCAAAACCUGAACAGAGCUGGGAAAAGUGGUGGUAUGAAGAACAAGAUCAUUUAAGGACAACUGGCAUUUGGGGAAAGGUACUGGAAAUAAUUUUGGACCUCCGAUUUUUCUUUUUCCAGUUUGGAAUUGUGUAUCAGUUGGGCAUUACUGCUGGAAGUAAGAGCAUUGCUGUUUACUUGCUUUCCUGGAUAUACGUGGUCGUGGCUCUUGGAAUUAGCGUACUAUUGGCUUAUGCUCGGGACAAAUAUGCUGCAAAGGAGCACAUAUACUAUCGCUUGGUUCAGUUCCUUGUUAUUAUUCUUGCUGGAAUUGUGAUUGCUGCUUUACUGGAGUUUACGAGUUUCAAAUUUCAGGAUGUCUUCACCAGUUUAUUGGCUUUCAUUCCAACUGGAUGGGGAAUCAUUUUGAUUGCUCAAGUCCUGCGACCCUUCUUGGAGAAAAUGGCACUAUGGGAGACCAUUGUUUCUGUUGCUCGUCUGUAUGACAUUUUGUUUGGAGUUAUUGUUAUGGCACCUGUAGCCCUUCUAUCAUGGUUGCCGGGGCUCCAAAACAUGCAGACAAGGCUUUUAUUCAAUCAAGCAUUUAGCAGGGGUCUGCACAUAUCCCAGAUUGUGGCAGGAAAGAAACCUAAGGCCGAUUUGUGAUAUUAUGAGGUUGACAGUUGAGUCGUGGAUUAGAUAUGCUGCUGAACUUGGAGGCUCUGUUUGUUUUUAUGUUCGUAGAGGUUGGUAUCAUCAUAUUUGCUGAAAUCCGAAGAAGCAGAAGAUUCUGAUAUGUUUGUUUCGUCCUCUAAUUGUUGUAAGUAGCCAGUUGUUUUCACACUGAUAUGAGAUAUUCUUUUUUUGUGUCUGAUGUAUUUAUUCUUAGUAAAAUAGUUUAGUAGCUUACACAUAUACAUAGUGCAAAUUUUGUUAUUUUGGAACUCGGCUAUUCAGAUUGAUUAUUCAUUUGCUUCCAGUGACUGAUUUUUCAGAUUA